AUGGCUUCCGUCCAGACGGCCCCCGCCGCUCAGCAACCGGGGCCAUCUGCGCCUUCGGCACAACAGUUGAACAUCAGAGAUGCUCUAAUGAAAUACAAACAGAUGAAGGAAUCGGGCGUUUCAGAGAAGGAUCCCGAAUUUCAAAAAGUUCAUCAAAUGCUCACCAGCCUCCAACAACAGCGACUCUAUCAGCAGCAGAGAGCCGCCUUUGCUCAACAACAACAGAUGUUAAGCCAACAACAAAAUUCCGCCAGCCCAGCUGCGAAUGGCAUCAAUGGCACACGCCUCGCGGCGCCUGCGAGCAAUAACACCCCGGCCGCCACCCAAGCCCCAGCUACCACAUCACUCGGCCCAUCUGCCAUCUCGGCCACCGCUCCUCCCUCAGCGGCACCGAAAGGAGCAGUUCAACGGUCAGCACCAGUCGGCAGCGGAUACUUCUCUCCAGAGCAGCUGAACACUCUCAAACACCAAAUAUCUGCCUUCAAGUGUUUGACGAAAAAUAAUGGCAUCCCACAGGCUCUGCAACAACAACUGUUCACUGCUCAGCGGAAGAGAUUCUCCCAGAGCGCCGACCAGCAUCUCGCAACACCAGCACGCGCCGCCGAUGAUGCUCAACCUGCAGCCAACGAGCCAGAGGCCUCCACCAAGGAUAAAGAUGCUGUCGUCCAGAAACAACACCAAUACACCGGUUUCAAGUCGCCCCAUGCUGGUCUAUCUAGCCAGAUUAGCUACUCUGCCCAUAAAAAGCGGGAGAUGCGACCCAUGAUCCCCAGUACUAUGCCGUCCGGCGUUGAUAUCGAAAAGCUCCGAAACGAGCGAGAGAUCAUUUUAUAUAAUCGCAUGCAAUCCAGGCUAGCAGAACUUAAAGCCCUUCCCGCCAAUUUGAGCCACUUGGACGUCCGCAACGAUGAUUUGACACCAGAGGAUGGGUUAAAACGAAAAGCAUUGAUUGAGAUGAAGAUGCUUGCGCUGUAUCCAAGGCAGCGAGCCAUGCGGGAGCGGAUCGGGCGCCAGAUGAUCCAAUACGAUAAUCUAGCCAUGACCGCAAACCGAAGCCAUUAUAGGCGGAUGAAGAAGCAAUCGUUACGAGAGGCUCGCAUCACUGAGAAGCUCGAGAAGCAGCAACGUGAUGCCCGCGAGACCAGAGAGAAGAAGAAACACGCCGACUAUCUUCAAACGGUCCUGAACCAUGCCCGGGAAGUUAACCUGGCGGGGCAGAAUCAACGGCAGAAGAUGCUCAAGGUUGGACGUAACAUGGUGGCUCAGCAUCAAAUGAUCGAGAAGGAGGAGCAGAAGCGGAUAGAGCGAACCGCGAAGCAACGUCUCUUGGCUUUGAAAUCCAACGAUGAGGAAGCAUACUUGAAGCUUCUUGAUCAGGCUAAGGAUACUCGUAUCACUCAUCUUCUGAAACAGACCGACGGCUUCUUGUCGCAGCUCGCUGCCUCUGUCAAAGCACAACAGCGCAAGGCCGCUCAGCAUUAUGGAGAACAUGCCGAAGAAUUCCUAGCUGACGAAUCUGAAGAGGAUGAUGAAGAAGAGGAGCAAGAGACUCGCAAAAUCGAUUACUAUGCUGUGGCGCAUCGUAUCAAAGAAGAGGUUUAUGCGCAACCACAGAUGUUGGUUGGUGGCACCUUGAAAGAAUAUCAAUUGAAGGGUCUGCAGUGGAUGAUAUCGCUUUAUAACAACAAUCUCAAUGGUAUUCUUGCUGAUGAGAUGGGUCUCGGUAAAACCAUCCAAACGAUCAGUCUGAUUACCUACCUCAUUGAGAAGAAGAAGCAGAGUGGACCGUUCCUGGUUAUUGUGCCUUUGAGUACAUUGACCAAUUGGAACUUGGAAUUUGAGAAAUGGGCUCCAUCAAUCUCGAGAGUCGUAUACAAAGGACCACCACAGGUUCGAAAGCAGCAACAGCAGCAACUUCGUUAUGGUAACUUCCAGGUGUUGUUGACAACCUAUGAAUACAUCAUUAAGGAUAGACCCGUUCUGAGCAAAAUCAAAUGGAUUCAUAUGAUCAUCGAUGAGGGUCAUCGUAUGAAGAAUUCAUCCUCCAAACUCAGUGCUACCCUGACCCAAUACUACACUACCCGUUACCGUCUCAUUCUCACCGGAACCCCACUCCAGAACAACCUCCCGGAACUGUGGGCUUUGCUCAACUUCGUCCUUCCAACAAUCUUCAAGUCCGUGAAAUCGUUCGACGAAUGGUUCAAUACACCUUUUGCGAACACCGGCGGUCAAGAUAAGAUGGAACUUACUGAAGAAGAACAAAUUCUUGUUAUCCGUCGUCUCCAUAAAGUCCUACGCCCGUUCCUGCUUCGUCGUCUCAAAAAGGAUGUCGAGAAAGAUCUGCCCGACAAGACUGAGAAGGUCAUUAAAUGCAAGUUCUCUGCAUUGCAAGCUCGCCUUUACAAGCAAAUGGUCACUCACAACAAGCUUGUUGUUAGCGACGGUAAAGGUGGAAAGACUGGUGCUCGUGGUCUCAGCAACAUGAUCAUGCAGUUGCGGAAGUUGUGCAACCAUCCCUUCGUCUUCGAUGAGGUAGAGAACCAAAUGAACCCUUUGAAUACCAGCAAUGACCUGCUUUGGCGAACAGCUGGCAAAUUCGAGCUUCUUGACCGCAUUCUUCCAAAGUACCACAGAACCGGCCACAGAAUUCUGAUGUUCUUCCAAAUGACUGCAAUCAUGGAUAUCAUGGAGGACUUCCUGCGAUACCGUGGGAUGCAAUUCUUGAGAUUGGACGGUACGACAAAGUCUGACGAUCGAUCCGAGCUUCUUCGAGAGUUCAAUGCUCCAAAUUCUCCAUAUUUCAUGUUCUUACUUUCUACUCGUGCUGGUGGUUUGGGUCUCAAUCUCCAGACCGCUGAUACUGUCAUCAUCUAUGAUUCUGAUUGGAAUCCUCAUCAGGAUUUGCAGGCCCAAGAUCGUGCGCAUCGUAUCGGACAGAAGAACGAGGUUAGGAUCCUGCGACUCAUCAGUUCCAAUUCGGUUGAAGAGAAGAUUCUGGAGCGGGCCAAAUACAAGCUUGACAUGGAUGGUAAAGUUAUUCAAGCAGGUCGGUUCGACAACAAAUCUUCCGAAACAGAUCGUGACGCAAUGCUUCGUGUUAUGUUGGAGACCGCCGACGCUGCUGAGACGUUGGAACAGGAGGAGAUGGACGAUGAGGAUAUGAACAUGCUCUUGGCACGCUCCGAGGACGAACUUGUCAUUUUCAGGCAAAUGGAUGAAGAGAGAGCCAAGGACCCGACAUACGGCAACCUUCCUGGAAGCAAGCGGGUGCCACGUCUCAUGCAAGAGAAUGAGUUGCCGGAGAUCUAUAUGUCUGAUGGCAACCCAAUCGCCGACGAGCCGGUAGAAAUACAAGGUCGUGGUGCUCGUGAGCGGACCCGCGUUAAGUACGAUGACGGUCUGACCGAGGAGCAAUGGGUCAUGGCUGUUGAGGAUGAUGAAGACUCUCCAGAAGCCGCGGCUGCCAGGAAGCAGGCUCGGAAAGAACGACGAGAACAGAAUAGGCUCAAGGGAAUUGGUCCACCAGGUUCCAUGGAUAAUUCCCCAUCGGGUAGUCGUGAAACCACCGAGGAGCCUGAACCUGAACCAACACCAAAGAAGAGUCGAUCAGCUCGGAAGCCUGGGAAGGGCGACAAACGAAAAGCUGAAGAUGAUGAUGAAGCACCGCCAGCCAAGCGAAAGCGCGGUGGACCAAGCCGUCCUAAAAUCGCGGCGGCAAACGGCGAAGUUAGCGCUAAAAACCGAGCUGUUCUUCAGGCUAGUCUUCGGAGUGUCUUUGAUUCAUUAAUGAAUUUGGAAUCGGCCCCUGAAUCUGGUUCGGACGAUGACGACGAAGAAGAUGAGAGACGCCUCAUCAUUGGGCCAUUCGUUGCGUUACCACCAAAGAAAGACUUCCCCGAUUAUUACAUGAUCAUCAAGGAACCAAUUUCCAUGAAAAUGAUCGAAAAGAAGAUCAAGAAGGAGGAAUACUCAAGUCUUAAUGAUCUGAAACGAGAUAUCCAGACACUUUGUAUGAACGCGAAAACAUACAAUGAGGAUGGCAGUCUAAUCUUUGUUGAUGCCGUCGCCAUUGAAAAUGCCUGCGAAUCUCGCAUCCGUGAAGAGCUCAUAGACCACCCUGAGCUAGGUGAUUUCGAUGAUUCUUCCCGCAACGGCGGCUCAACCGCUCCUACGACCAAUGCUGGUACCCCGUUACCGGCUGCACCUUCGAGCGGGAAGAUAAAGCUUACUUUUAACAAUUCUCAAUACGCGAAUGGUGGGAGCAGUGGUGUACAAAGCGAUGAUGAUGACUAG